AUGCAACGACGAAAGGUUGGCUUGCAGGCGGGAUUAGGAUCGCUGCUAGCGCUGGGCAUCCUCUUGGCAGUGGUUGGUCAAACGAUUGCCAACGAAUUUCAAGGGAUACGACGAUCAAAAUGCCAGCAGAGCCGUGAUCGUACACAGAUCUAUGAAGGAGUCGACAAUGUGCUGAUGAAACGUCUGCAAGCGCUGCGUACGGAGAUGCGCACCAGAACCUCAACGCAGAGUGCCGAACUGGACGCGUAUCUAGUACCGAUGUACGACGAGCAUCAGUCACAGUAUCUGAUGGAAUCGGACCAGCGCAUACGCUUUCUGACCGGGUUUAGUGGUACGAGCGGCGAGGCAGUUGUGCUAAUGCGAUCGGCCGCCUUCUGGACCGAUGAACGCUUUCUGGAGCAGGCGGACCAGGAGCUUAACUGUGCCUGGCGACUGUUUCGUACCGGUGAGCGUCCGUCCGUUGCCGAGUAUCUGCUGUCGGAGCUAACACCGGAAGCGCGUGUUGGUGCCGACCCACAGCUCGUACCGCAUCCGCUGUGGAAAGCGCUCGAGACGGACCUAACUGCCGACUACAUCCGAUUGGUCCACAUCAAUCGUAACCUGGUCGAUAUGGUUUGGGGUGGUCGUAGGCCUGCCCCACGGUCCGGAGCGAUUAAAGUGCAUCCGGUGCGCUUCGCUGGUGAACGCUGGGACAGUAAGGUGGCCAGACUACGGGCCAAUCUUACGGCCCUUCGGUGUGACGGUAUGAUCGUGACCUCGCUAACGGAGGUGGCGUACUUGUUGAACUUGCGCGGCAGCGAUAUCCCGCAUGUGCCCGUGUUCAAGGCGUACCUGUUGGUGACGCACCGGGAGCUGAUACUGUACACCAACACAAGCCGCGAAACGCUCGGGCUGAAGAACCACCUGAAGGCACACUCCUGCCACAACGAGCACUGCGUGCAGCUGCGGGAUUACGGUGAUGUGUGGCGCGAUCUGCGCACCUUAGCACAGCACUGGCACCGUUUGCUGGUGCCGUCAGCUGUGGUCUUCGAUACCGGCGCAUCGGAAGCCGUACACGUUACGCUGCCGCGAAACAUCGUGUUCGAGCGACCGUCUCCUAUCAUAUUCCUGCGGGCGCAGAAGAACCAGGUGGAACGACAGGGAAUGCGGCAAGCCCACAUACGAGAUGGAGUGGCCAUGUGCGAGGUGCUCAGUCGGUUGGAGGAGCGGUUUAUUGCCGGUGAUCACAUCACCGAGUUGUCACUGGCGCGUGAAAUCGACCAAGCCCGAAAGACGCAAAACAACUCGGAAGGAGUCGCUUUCCCGACAAGUGUCGCCUACGGAGUACACUCCAGUCGGCCCAACUAUACGCCUUCCAACCGUACCAACGUUGAGCUCUCCGAGGGAAUGGUACUGAUCGAUUCCGGUGGCCAGUAUGAGGACGGCACGACGGAGGUAUCCCGUACGCUACAUCUCGGUGAACCUACGGCGGAUCAGAUCCGUGCCUAUACGAACGUGCUGAUCGGUAUGAUCCGAUUGUCGAUGCUGACGUUCCCGGAGAAUCUCAAACCCGCCGAACUCGAUGCGCUGGCCCGUGGUCCUGUCUGGGGUUCGAUGAACGACUAUCCGCACGGCACUGGUCAUGGUAUUGGGUCUUACUCGUCUGUUCGUGAAUCUCCUAUCAGUAUUUCAUAUACGGCGAAGCAGCGGUUCACCUUCAAAGAGGGAUACUUUUUCUCUAAUGAACCGGGUUAUUAUAAAAAUGGUGCUUUUGGUAUACGACUGGAGAACGUGCUAGAAGUGAUGGAUACUGGCAAGAUGCAUCCAACGGGACACAAAUUUCUCUCCUUCCAGGACGUGACACUGGUGCCAUUCGAAUGGAAGCUUAUCGAUCGUACUUUACUGAGUGUGCCAGAGAAAAAAUGGUUAAACGACUAUAACUCUCGCAUCCGUCAGCACGUUGGAAGUGAACUGAAACGGAAGCAUAAAAUGGAUGCAUUCUACUGGAUGAUGAACAAAACACGCCAUGUGCCAGAAUAUGUGACCGAAGCGGAGUAUAAUGGAGCUGCGAACAUUCAUCGAGAUCAUUUGUCGAUCACGGUUGCUUUAACAAUCAUAUUUCUACUCGGACGAUUCGUUUUCUACUGA